GGGCUACACUGGUUGGGUGAUUGUCGCAGGGGCCCGGGAAGAAGCAGCAGCAAAGCGAAAGGGACCACGCCAGAGAGAGUGGGCGGGUGGCCCUCUUGCCUUGGGCGUCCCAGUGGCCUCUCGGCGGCGCCUGAGUACCCCGGCCCCUCUCUGCCUGGCUUCCCCCAUCACUGCGUAGCGCCUGCCGCCGCGUUUACGCGUAACCCGUGCGGCCACCGCGGCGCGCGGCCAGGGCGCCAGGGCCAGCGGGUGAGCCAAGUCUGGCUCCUCCUCCGGCGGGGAGCAGUGAGCGCCUCCGCGCCCUCCGGGUUCGCUCGUCCGUGCUCAGCCCCGCGCUCGCUCGGCCAUGGGCGCCGCCGGCUCGUCGGCGCUGGCCCGCCUCGGCCUCCCCGCGCGGCCCCGGCCCGGCUGGCUGGGGGUGGCCGCGCUGGGACUGGCCGCCGUGGCGCUGGGGGCCGUGGCCUGGCGCCGCGCGAGGCCCCGGCGGCGCGGGCGGCUGCAGCAGGUGGGCACCGUGGCGCAGCUGUGGAUCUACCCGGUCAAGUCCUGCAAGGGGGUGCCGGUGAGCGCGGCCGAGUGCACGGCCAUGGGGCUGCGCAGCGGCCACCUGCGCGACAGGUUUUGGCUGGUGAUUAAGGAAGAUGGACACAUGGUCACUGCCCGGCAGGAGCCUCGCCUUGUGCUGGUCUCCAUCACCUACGAGGACGAUCGCCUGAUCCUCAGGGCUCCGAGCAUGGACCAGCUGGUUUUGCCGAGCAAGCUGCCUUCCUCAAACGAGGUCCACGACUGCAGGCUAUUUGGUCUUGACAUUAAGGGCAGGGACUGUGGCGAUGAGGCAGCUCAAUGGUUCACCAACUUCUUGAAAACAGAAGCUUUCAGGCUGGUUCAGUUUGAAAAGAACAUGAAGGGAAGACCGUCGGGGGAAAUUUUCCCUGAUUUUGUACAGAAUUAUUACCAGGUGGCCUACCCGGACUGCAGCCCUGUCAUGAUCCUCUCGGAAGCCUCCCUGGCAGAUCUGAAUACCAGGCUGGAGAAGAAAGUGAAAAUGGAGAAUUUCAGGCCAAAUAUCGUGGUGACAGGCUGUGAUGCUUUUGAGGAGGAUACCUGGGAUGAACUCCUAAUUGGCAACGUAGAAAUGAAAAAGGUUUUGGCUUGCCCCAGGUGCAUUUUGACCACUGUAGACCCAGAUACUGGAGUGAUAGACAGGAAGGAGCCACUGGAAACCCUGAAGAGGUUUCAGCGUCCCGGAGACAUUGAUGAGGAUUUUGAUGACAGCAGCACCACCUCGGCGAAUCAUUAUUAUCAGCCUUUGACCAUCUUCACCCUGGAAAUAAAUCUCUAUUUUUGACUUUUUGGAGUUAUGUAUGCUCCAAGUUAAUGCAAGGAAAGUAUUAGAUUUGAUUUGGGAAUAAGAAAGUAUACAAAUUUUAGGUAAUGAAGAGUUUUUAAAUAAAUAAGCUUGCCUGUAAAAUUAUUUUGAAUGUUACUGUACCUAUUACACUUCUUCAGUCCCUGACAAUAUUGAUGAGUAAAGAAAGCUUAAAGAAUCAGCUAAACAGCUACACAAUUUUAGGAAAACGUCUACAUUUUAUUACCUAUCAUUGCAUGGAAAACAACAGGUUUCCUGACGUACUUUUACAUGUUAACACAGCCAGAAAUUCCUAUUAGUUGAUUUUUACAUGGCUAUUGAGUCCUAUCAACUUUUCAUUCAGUUUUGACCUUGCUAUUAUGGAAUCAGGUUGUACUUGAGUAUGGAAAUUAUUUUAUAGACCUUCUUUUUAUAGUUGAUUAUGCCUCUAUUAAGCCAUAUAAAAGUAAUUUGUGUGUAAUUGCCAGAUACACCACCUGGAAUUCCAACUAUGAUAAAGAAGAGAAUGGGACUUAGAAUGAAAUUUUGAGAGUAGGAUUGGGAGGAAGGAAGCAUGAACAUAUCUUUUUAGGUGUAAAUUUUUUUUGUAACAGAGAAAUGAACUAUUUUGGUAUGAGUAAACAAAAAUUCUCUCUGAAGUAACAUGUGAAUGAAUUAACCCACUUAUAAUUUGUGGUUUCUUUACUACUAAUAAAUAUGAAUCUCAAUUGUA